UUAAGGGUUCCGGAUAUCUGUGGUGACAUUUUUCUGUCUGCUGCAGCAGCAUGUGGCAGCUACUACUAGCAGCAGCUCUGGUACUCACAGCUUUUCCUGGCAUUCAAGCUGGUCUCCAAAAGGCUGUGGUGAACCUAGACCCUGCGUGGGUCAGGGUGCUUGAGGAAGACAGGGUGACCUUCAGGUGCCAGGGCACCUUCUCCCCCGAGGACAGUUCCACCAAGUGGUUCCAUAACGAAAGCCAAAUCGCACACCGGGGUGCCAACUAUGUCAUCGCAAGUGUCAGAGUGAAGGACAGUGGAAUGUACAGGUGCCAGACAGCCCUCUCCACGAUGAGUGACCCCGUGCAGCUAGAGGUCCAUAUAGGCUGGCUAUUGCUUCAGACCACUAAGUGGCUGUUCCAGGAGGGGGACCCCAUUCAUCUGAGAUGCCACAGCUGGCAAAACAGACGUGUACGUAAGGUCACCUAUUUACAGAAUGGCAUAGGCAAGAAGUAUUUCCAUAACAAUACUGAACUCCUCAUUCCAAAAGCUACACACGAGGACACCGGCUCCUACUUCUGCAGAGGGCUCAUCGGAUACAACAACAAAUCUUCGGAAUCCUUUUAUAUACGUAUAAGAGAUCCGACGUCUCCAUCCGUUUCUCCGCCGUGGCAUCAAAUCACUUUCUAUGUGCUGAUCGGACUCCUGUUUGCAAUGGACACGGUGCUGUAUUUCUCUGUGCAGAGAGGUCUUCAGAGUUCUGGGCCAGACUAUGAGGAACCCAAGUUUCACUGGAGCAAGGAACCUCAGGACAAGUGAGCUCUUAUCUCACGGGAUGAUAAGAGCAAUGGGACUUGCAACCUCAUCUGCAUUGGGCACCAAGCUUCGAGCAGCAGGAAUAACACAAAGCUCCCACCCAACUGUUUUUGUUUUUGUUUUUUGAUGUUGUAUGUAUGUUAUGUUUGUUUGUUUGACUCUCUCCAAUGGGCUAUCUCAGGGGAAAGGGAAAGCCUGGGGUCUCCAAGGACCAAGAAGGCUGCAGCAAUGAACACGCAGCUGCCCUCCCAAGAAGCGAUGCUUCAGAAUUUUAUGCUUUCUCUGCCCCAAACAUUCACACGAGCAAAGCUGCAGCCAGGGCUCGGGAUGGUGACCCUUUUCGCGCUUAACAAUUGCUCCUAAAUAAACUUGUGUAGAAAAGUGAACACC